CUCCAUCCUCUCCAGCCCGGCGGCGGCGACUUGGGGUCUAGACGCUGAUGCUGCCGGACGGGCGGGUAUGGAGGCGGCGCGCUGCGCACCGGGACCCGGCGCGGACAGUGCCUUUGAAGAUGAGACACGGAGACUUCGACAGCUGAGGCUGGACAAUCAGAGGGCGCUGCUGGAGAAGAAGCAGAGAAAGAAGCGCCUUGAGCCACUUAUGGUACAACCAAAUCCAGAAGCCAGGCUGCGACGGUUAAAGCCACGAGGUGGUGAGGAGCACACACCUCUGGUGGACCCUCAGACACCGCGCAGCGAUGUCAUCCUACAUGGCAUUGAUGGCCCAGCUGCUUUCCUUAAGCCAGAGGUUCAGGAUUUGGAAAGCAAGCCUCAUGUUCUCUCAGUGGGCUCCCCUGCUCCAGAAGAGGGCACGGAAGGAGGCGCAGAUGGGGAAAGCCCUGUGGAGACUUCCCCGAAGCCAGACCUUCAGGAGAUUCUCCAAAAACACGGCAUCUCGGGUAGUGUGAACUACGAUGAGGAGACUGACGAGGAGGAGGAGGAAAGGGACGGUCUCAGCUCCCCGUCAGCUCAGUCAGAAAGAGAAAGUUCCGCAGCCGGCCAGAAAGCAGCCUCGGAGACGGGGGCUUCCGGUGUCACAGCCCAGCAAGGGGAUGCCCAGCUUGGAGAAGUGGAGAAUUUGGAGGACUUCGCAUACAGUCCUGCCCCUCGGGGUGUCACAGUGAAGUGUCGGGUAACCAGGGAUAAGAAGGGCAUGGACCGAGGCCUCUUCCCCACCUACUAUAUGCACCUGGAGAAGGAGGAGAAUCGCAAGAUAUUUCUUCUUGCUGGUAGGAAGCGGAAAAAGAGCAAAACAUCCAACUACCUAGUCUCCACAGACCCGACAGAUUUGUCUCGUGAAGGGGAAAGUUACAUUGGCAAACUCAGAUCCAAUCUCAUGGGGACCAAGUUCACAGUGUAUGACCAUGGUGUCAACCCUGUCAAGGCCCAGGGUCUGGUGGAAAAGGCCCACACCCGCCAGGAGCUGGCCGCCAUCUGCUAUGAAACCAAUGUACUGGGUUUUAAAGGUCCUAGGAAAAUGUCUGUGAUCAUUCCGGGGAUGAAUAUGAAUCAUGAACGCAUCCCAUUUCGGCCACGAAAUGAACACGAGAGCUUGCUUUCAAAGUGGCAAGACAAGUCCAUGGAGAACCUGAUUGAACUGCACAACAAGGCCCCAGUGUGGAGUGACGACACCCAGUCCUAUGUCCUCAACUUCCACGGGAGGGUCACUCAGGCGUCAGUGAAGAACUUUCAGAUAGUCCAUGGAAAUGACCCCGACUACAUAGUCAUGCAGUUUGGACGUGUGGCUGAUGAUGUGUUCACACUAGACUAUAACUACCCACUGUGUGCACUUCAAGCCUUUGCCAUCGGGCUGUCCAGCUUUGACAGCAAGCUGGCAUGUGAAUGAGAAGCAGCAAGCAGCAAACUUCCACACCACAGAGCCUUCAGGAGCAGAAAGCGGCUGCCCUGGACCUGCCCCAGGACAAAGAGAGUAACAGUCUGCCCCUUUUCGGGGAUGAUCGAGUGUGUGUGUGUGUGAAUGUGCGUGUGUGUUUAUACACGCGGACGCAUGCUUGCACACACUCGUUCAUGCCUUCUUUGAGCUUCAGAGACCACAUGUGGUCUCGAGUGGGUGAGAGAUGGCUUAAAGCGCAGGGAAGUGGACGCCUGGGCACACUGGUGACUCCUGACUACACAGCCGACUGUGGCAAGUGUAGCUUCCCUGUGCUCAGGCACUUCCCACAGAAUCAGGUUCUAAUACUAAACACUUGGGCCUCCUCUUUUGAAGACCCUUUCAAAAAGGGACUGUUCCCUUGGCUGCCUUUGGCUUCUAAGACAGGAGCCUGCAGACUUUCCCAGCCAAUGGUCAGACAGUGUCUCUUGCACUGUCUCCAGUUAGCAUCUUGAGCACAAAACAGCCAUAACCAGCGGGUGCACAAAGACUGCCGCUGUGUCCCAAUAAAACUUUAUUUACAAAGUGGGCAUUGGCCUAGUUUGGCCCGUGACUCUGGUUUGCCUGCCUGCCUCAGUGUGCCCCUAUACUUGGAAGCUGGAGCGUCUUCCAGAACAUACAUAGAGAGACGUAGAGAGAUGGCAUGGUUUGCUCUUUAGGAGCAGCAGACUGACUUUAUUUUUAUUUUUUGUUUUGUUUUAUUUUUCCCGAGAUA